CGCCCCGGCUCGGGCGGCCGGAGGACCCGGAGCGGAGGCGCCCGAGCCCGCGGCGGCGGCGGCGGCGGCGGCGGCGGCGGGGACGAUGUGGUUCUUUGCCCGGGACCCGGUCCGGGACUUUCCGUUCGAGCUCAGCCCAGAGGCUCCUGAAGGCAGCCCGCCCGGACCUUGGGUCCUGCACCGCGGCCGCAAAAAGGCCACAGGCAGCCUGGUGUCCAUAUUCGUGUACGACGUGAAGCCUGGCGCCGAAGAGCAGACCCAGGUGGCCAAAGCUGCCUUCAAGCGCCUCAAAACUCUCCGGCACCCCAACAUCCUGGCCUAUAUCGAUGGGCUGGAGACAGAAAAGUGCCUCCAUGUAGUGACAGAGGCUGUGACCCCACUGGGAAUGUACCUCAAGGCUCGAGUGGAUGCUGGUGGCCUGAAGGAGCAGGAGUUGUCCUGGGGGCUACACCAGAUAGUGAAAGCCCUCAGCUUCUUGGUCAACGACUGCAACCUUAUCCACAAUAACGUCUGUAUGGCUGCUGUGUUUGUGGACCGAGCUGGCGAGUGGAAACUUGGGGGCCUGGAUUACAUGUACUCAGCCCAGGGCAAUGGUGGGGGACCACCCCGCAAGGGGAUCCCUGAACUUGAGCAGUAUGACCCCCCGGAAUUGACUGACAACAGCGGCAGAGCGGUCAGAGAGAAGUGGUCAGCAGACAUGUGGCGCUUGGGCUGCCUCAUCUGGGAAGUCUUCAAUGGGCCCCUACCUCGGGCGACUGCCCUUCGCAAUCCUGGGAAGAUCCCCAAAUCCCUGGUGCCCCAUUACUGUGAACUGGUGGGAGCCAACCCUAAGGUGCGUCCCAACCCAGCCCGCUUUCUGCAGAACUGCCAGGCACCUGGUGGUUUCAUGAACAACCGUUUUGUGGAGACCAACCUCUUCUUGGAAGAGAUUCAGAUCAAAGAGCCGGCCGAGAAGCAAAAAUUCUUCCAAGAGUUGAGCAAGAGCCUGGACUCAUUCCCUGAGGAUUUCUGUCGGCACAAGGUGCUGCCCCAGCUGCUGACUGCCUUCGAGUUUGGCAACGCUGGGGCUGUGGUCCUCACACCCCUCUUCAAGGUGGGCAAGUUCCUCAGUGCUGAGGAGUAUCAGCAGAAGAUCAUUCCUGUGGUGGUCAAGAUGUUCUCAUCCACCGACCGCGCCAUGCGCAUCCGCCUCCUGCAGCAGAUGGAGCAGUUUAUCCAAUACCUUGAUGAGCCGACAGUCAACACUCAGAUCUUUCCCCAUGUUGUACAUGGCUUUCUGGAUACCAACCCCGCCAUCCGGGAGCAGACAGUCAAGUCCAUGCUGCUCCUGGCCCCAAAGCUAAAUGAAGCCAACCUCAACGUGGAGCUCAUGAAGCACUUUGCCCGACUGCAGGCCAAGGAUGAACAGGGCCCAAUCCGCUGCAACACCACGGUCUGCCUGGGAAAAAUUGGCUCCUACCUCAGUGCCAGUACCAGACACAGAGUCCUCACCUCCGCCUUCAGCCGGGCCACUAAGGACCCAUUUGCACCAUCCCGGGUUGCGGGUGUUUUGGGCUUUGCUGCCACCCACAACUUCUACUCAAUGAACGACUGUGCCCACAAGAUCCUGCCUGUACUGUGUGGCCUCACUGUGGACCCUGAAAAAUCUGUGCGGGACCAGGCCUUCAAGGCCAUUCGAAGCUUCCUGUCCAAACUGGAGUCUGUGUCUGAGGAUCCCACCCAGUUGGCAGAAGUGGAGAAGGAUGUCCAUGCAGCUUCCAGCCCUGGGAUGGGAGGAGCUGCAGCCAGCUGGGCAGGCUGGGCUGUGACUGGAGUCUCCUCACUUACCUCUAAAUUCAUCCGUGCACACCCCAUGGCUACACAGGCUGAGACCAAUGUGCCCCAGAGACCAAUGCCUGAGGGACAUCCUGCCCCAGCCCCCACACCUCUUUCUGCCACCUCUACAACCUCAGACCGCUGGGAGACACAGGAGGACAAGGACACAACAGAGGAUAGCAGUACUGCUGACAGAUGGGAUGAUGAGGACUGGGGCAGCUUGGAGCAGGAGGCUGAGUCUGUGUUGGCCCAGCAGGAUGACUGGAGUACCAGGGGCCAAGCAAGCAUAGCUGGACAGGUCAGCCCCCCAGAACACAAAUCUCCUGAGUCAGACUGGAGCAACUGGGAAGCUGAAGGCUCCUGGGAGCAGGGCUGGCAGGAGCCCAGCUCCCCAGAGCCACCCCCUGAAGGCACAAGAUUGGCCAGCGAGUAUAACUGGGGUGGCCCAGAGUCCAACGACAAGGGUGACCCCUUCGCUGCCCUGUCUGUGCGUUCUAGCACCCAGCCCAGGCCAGAAUCGGACUCAUGGGGUGAGGACAACUGGGAGGGCCUGGAGACUGAGAGCCGACAAGUCAAGGCCGAGCUGGCACGGAAAAAGCGUGAGGACCGGCGGAGGGAGAUGGAGGCCAAACGCGCAGAGAAGAAGGCAGCCAAGGGCCCCAUGAAGCUGGGAGCACGAAAGCUGGACUGAACUUCUGGGGUAGCCCUCCCAGCCACGGAGAGCAGGCCCCGCGGAUGUAUUUAUUGUACAAACCAUGUGAGCCCGGCUGGCCUGGCCAGGCACAUCUCAUGUGUACAUAAUCAGAGCCACAAUAAAUUCUAUUUCACACCCCU